AUGGCGGGUUUCCUAUGCUCGUUAUCGCAGCGAUUCGGCGUAAACAUCCUGGUGUAUGAUUACUCAGGUUACGGGGCAAGCACAGGCCAAACCCUGGAGGCUAAUCUAUACGCAGACGCAGAGGCUGCCCUGGCCGAACUCAGAGAGCGAUAUUUUUGCCCAUUAAAUCGCAUUGUUCUUUAUGGCCAGAGCAUUGGCACCGCACCUACAGUCGAACUGGCAACUCAUUACGCAGUUGCUGGCGUGAUCUUGCAUUCAGCCCUAAUGUCCGGUCUUCGGGUAGUAUGCCCCGGAACAACCCGUCGGUUCUGCUUUGACCCAUUCAACAGGUACGGGCAGAACAUGAGGCGUCUUUUGCCGAAAUGA